GUCGGUGCCGCUUUACGGAGAAGAUCACCGGAGAUCCCGCCAAACAUGUCAUCUUCUGGAGUACAACCCCCAAGCAGCAACCGUAAGCUGCUCCAAACACAAGCGCAAGUGAAUGAGGUGGUAGACAUAAUGCGUGUGAAUGUGGACAAGGUGCUGGAUCGUGAUCAGAAGCUGUCAGAGUUGGAUAACCGAGCAGAUGCUCUCCAGGCUGGAGCCUCGCAGUUUGAGACCAGCGCUGCCAAAUUAAAGAGAAAAUACUGGUGGAGGAACUGUAAGAUGAUGAUUAUCAUGGGUGUUGGUUGUGCAGUAAUGUUCAUUAUUCUUGUCAUUUAUUUCUGCACUUGAUUUUGUAUCCCUUUCCCCUGUGAUUUUAUACAUCCACCUCCUGUGAAUCCUCCACCCAACUGUUGUUCCUGUUUGCGUGGCCGUGAGUCUGUUUGACGUGACUGCAAUCAUCCUCGUUUAGUGUGUUCAUAUUACAGAACGUCCAAGGAUUCUACGUGAAAGGCGCAUGGAACACGUCUACAGCUG